GAAAAGGGUUUCAUUUCGUGUCAUCUGGAACAACGAGAGAGAGAGAGAGAAACUGAAGAAUGGCUAUGGCGACCGUUCGAUCCGCUCUUCUUCGAACUGCAAUGCGCGGAAGCCCUAAAGCUCCCGCCGUUCCCAAGAGAGGUUUUGCUUCUUCUGCCCAUCACGACGAAGCUGCUGAGGCUUCAAAGUGGGAGAAGAUAACUUAUUUGGGAAUUGCUACAUGCACUGUUCUAGCGAUCUAUAAUUUAUCCAAGGGUCAUCCCCACCAUGAUGAUCCUCCUGCUUAUGAUUACUUGCACAUUCGCAGCAAAGAGUUCCCAUGGGGACCAGAUGGCCUUUUCGAGAAUAAGCACCACUAGGACUUCCAUGGAGAAUUUGUUUCAUAACUGUCCCUUGUUUAUUUCUGUUGGAAAAUUGCCUAAAAGAUAAAAAAGACAGAUGAAUUUUCUGUUGUAUGCCAGAAGCAAGUGUUUCCAUUUUCUCUCCGGAUGGUAGAUUCUAUCAGUUUGGUCUUUACGAGAUCUUCAUUGUAUUGGUUUAAAACGCCUUUUACUAAUAAGAUCGAUCCAUGACUUGGAAUUUUAUUGCUGAA